AUUGACCCUACUCUCCAUAAUCCCGUGCCAUCCGGAUCGGACAAGCUGUUCAAGAUGCCUGUCGGCGGCAAGCUGAAGACAUCCUCAGAACAAGUCAACAGCUACGGCAACGAGCGAAAUGACCCCAUCAUACUACAGCGCGUCAACAAGGUUACCCAACGCUAUCUCAAAAAGCCCCAGGUCAACCAAAAGACAGAUGCACCAGCUUCACCAGCUCCAGAGCCAACCAAUGAGCAGCAACAGCAAAGGACUGACGAAAAAACGACUGACGACCAAGCAAGCACCAAGCCUGACACUAACAAGCAAAACACCUCACCACCACCACCUCCUCCUCCACCCAGCACGACACCAAGACUGCUAAUCAAGGAAACUGUCGGCGAUAUCUUUGACGCCCCCGACAAUGCCGUCCUCAUCCACGCCUGCAACUGCAUCGGCUCCUGGGGCGCCGGCAUAGCCCUCGCCUUCAAGCAAAAGUACCCCAAAGCAUUCAGCUUCUACCGGGGAUUCUGCGCACAAGGGCGCGCCAAGCCUGGAACAGCUUUACUGAUUUCUCCGCGCGAUGGCCAGCGCGAUCAUUACAUCGGCUGCCUGUUCACCAGUGUCGGGCACGGGAAAAGAGCAGACGCCCCGGCGGUGAUCUUGCGCCAGACGAAGCCGGCUAUGGAAGACCUCCUUAGACGCAUUGCCCGGAACAGGAGAGAGUCCGGAUUUCCCGCUGAGGUAAGGAUGUGCCGUAUUAACUCGGGACUGUUCAAUGUACCGUGGGAGGAUUCGAAGGGCGUGCUGGCGGGUAUUGAGGUUGAGCCGGAUAUGCUGACCGGGGUUGUCGUUUACGAAAAGGCGGAGUAGAAAAGAGGACUGCCUUUUCCAUUCCCUACUUGCUAAUGGGUGGGAUUUGGCGGUGCUGUUA